GAAUGACAAUGCUCGACUAACUUGUAAGCUUUCAAUGAAAAGCAUGCGAUACUUUCCAUGGCAGUGAUGGAUCUGUAUAAGUAUCUGACCAAAAUCUCAAGGGACGGCGCAUCAUAAUGCGCCCUGCGUUACAACGACUCAUCUCUAGAUAUUCAUCAUUGAAUCUCCUUCGAUAUCUAGUACACGCAUCGAAUACCCCGCCGUCCGCCAACAUUCAAUAUGAUUUUGCUGGUAAGAGAUGCAAUCGAAACUACGCAAGUAUCAGCAUUGGGCUUAAGGCUGCCAAUCAGUAUGACUCGCAACAUGAUAGCCUUGAUACCGCCCAGCCAGCUGUACGGCGUGUGGCUUCGAAAAGAGCCUCGAAUGGCUCCCACACAGUCAUGCCUCAUACCGAUACGAAAUUGGUGACUACCAAAAAAUACAAUAGAUGGAAAAAUUACUUCACACCUGGCGAACUGGAAUAUGAAUCGCGUGUAUCCGAAAAGGCUCGGGAAGGCGCACUACGAUUAGUCGAUAACCCGGUUUAUGAGAAAGACAUUGAACUUUGGGCGGUGCUCUUAGUAUAUAGGCAACGAAUUUAUGGUGAUGAGGGAGUAAGGGUGAUUUGGGAAGCAAUAACCACUAGGAAUAUCCAAUUGCCAGUCGAAGGUUUGGCAUCUUGGACAAUGUGGAGGGCCUUUUUAGAUUUAGGCCUAGAAGAUGAAGCUGUGCUCGAAAGCAUUAUUCGAUAUGCGGAUGAUCUACUGCAACAAACCGGUCAACGUUGGAAUGGACUUUACACGAGGCUCAUGUAUCAUCUUUUAAUGAAUGGCAGAGGCGCCGAAGCAUUUCAAUGGCAUCGAAGAUUAAUGGUGCAUCAUUCACCAGAAGCUAAAGCUUUCGAGAAAUUAUGUUUCAGAGUGAUUACUCUCGGGGGAGAUAUUGAAGCUCUGCGAAAGAUUUAUGAAGGAAGUAAAUUUCAUGUAUCAUAUUCCAGCAUCAUGGUACCAUUAUAUCAUCGAGAAGAAUACUCAUCUGCAUACAAAUGGCACUUCUCGCUUUUUCAGAAAAAAGACUUUCCAAAAACUGCAAGACCUACAGAAGAUCUGAUUCGACUGUUGACGAAAUUCAGAAGCCCGUUGGCUCUUCGGGUCGCCCGCAGCUUGGUACAUGCAGGUAUAUCCAUACCUCCUGGUCUAGAGCAUGAGCUUAAAGACACUCAAAGUAUAUCUAGAGAGAUGAUGAAUCUUAUUCAUGGUGAAGUCUUUCAUAUCAAACCUAAGAAAUAUGAUGAUGAAUUGGGAGCUCGGUGGCUUGCCACAACUUGGGUGCCAUUAGAUGUAUCCAUACAAUCCAUUCACGCACUGGGAGUCAAAGAAAUCGGGCCCCUAUCAUUUCAAUCUAUUGCUCUGCGGGAUCCAGAUACCAAAGCCGUUAUCAAGAGGCUCGAUCAGCUUGUAGAUCUUGGUAUAUCUCCUGGUCAGUCGAAGUUUGUCAAAGCCGUGGAAUUCUUCGCGAGAGAGGGAAACCAAGAAUUCGUAAACGCGUUGGUGAACAGCGACCAGCAUCCUGCAGCACUUGACGAUUGGAUGCUCCAAGAGAAACUCUUGGCUUCGUAUGCAGCCAAAGAACAAUUAACCGAAUUCCGACAAGCAAUGGCCAUACGAUUAGUCGGGAGUAGAACUCCUGAUUUUGACGUUUACAACAUACACCUUAGGAUUUGCGUUAUCAGAAACCAAUGGAACGCUGUGCUAAAGACAUUAUCCGAUAUGCGGAUAAAUCGUAUACCGGUGAAACCGACUUCGAUAUCCUGUAUUUUACGGCAACUCUUACGGCCACGUCGGCGCGGUCGGCGACCAGUGAUGGAUCCCAAACACAAUAAUUUCGAUGAUGUAACUAUGGCUACCAAGAUUCUGACAGGUAUCAUGGCAUCCGGUUCAUCAGUUCCAGUACAUCAUUGGUCCGAAAUUAUUCGGAGACUAGGGAUGCUUGGCCGCGAAAAAGAGUUGCACAAUUUGUGCAUAUUUUUAGCUUCCUGGUAUGGCUCAAAAAAUCAUGAUCUUCUACCUGGUGUAAACCAUCUACGAAUUCGAGAUCGCACGCAAACUCCGGAUGAUCUAGUUCCUAAGUGGCAUCAUCAACAUCCCCUCAAGCGUCUCUUCCCACCCAGUCUGCAAGGAGCCAUUGUCGAAUGGGGUUUUCAACGAGCGUUAGCGAGCCCAUCGCCAAAGGUUCCAGGCUUUGUACGCGCGAGUAAGAAAAUAGCAUACAACAUCACGAACGGCAUUGUACUCUUGCGAGAACUCCACCACAUUGGUGUAGAGAUCGAACCACAUGCGAUCAGGAGAGCAGUUGUUAAUCGUUUGGUCAUUCUCUACGGACCGGGAAGGUCUACUGUUAAAGCGAAUCGACAAGCGCGAAUUUUGAAUCCCCUGAGCUUGGAAGAAGCAAUAGCUAAGAUUGACAAUUGUUUACCAGGGACAAAAAUGUUCCCUUAUCCAGAUGCGGCGAAGCAUAUUCGACACCAAGCCAAUAUGAGAUUUUUAAGAGUUAGACGUUGGCGCACGAAGCGAGAUGCUAGGUGGCGAUUGACAGGGAGGUUUUGAUUCUACGACUGGGAUAUGUACGAAUGUUGUAUCAUAUUCUGAAUUGAUGCCAGCCUUUAUAUUUAUGCAGUUUUGAUAUCCUAUGGAAUUUGAAUCUCUCAAAUCAUAUCAAUUUUUACAAAGCAAUUGUGUUUCUCAAGUGAUCCCUAAGACAGUGUUACUUUUUGAAGUACCAUCUGUCCAAGGAACAAGAGGUAUCGGAUGCAAGAAAUCAUGCAACUAAUGCAGUAUCCCCGGGGUUAGCUACCGGUCACAUGAAAUGUGUCAUUCUGUUCAUAAUCAGAUAAAAAGGACGGUCGGCAAACGCGAUCUGAUCAGAUGCUAAUGUGAUGGUACCAAUCGUUCAUGACCAGGAGGAAAGAGCGGAGGUACCUGUAAUGCGGUAUGCCAUUCUCUAAAUAACACGCGAGCGGUUGUCUCGAUGCAAUUCAUGUUGUUUGAAAUUGGGAUUUGGGAAAGAGCAAGUGAUAUAAAAUUCCUACGCGAUUUUCUCUUUUUGUGAUAUUUCACGUAUUAAGAAGGAUGCGAGCAAACCCUCCUGAUGGAGCGUAUGUCUUGCUUGCAUAUUUACACAAUAAUGAAGAAGUCUAUCAUCGGCGGGAGUCUAAUUCGAGGAUAGUGACUAACUUGUAGCA